UGCCGGCGGGGGCGGCGCGUGCGGCCCGCCAGCACCAUGUACACCAAGCACGUGAGGUUCAAGCAGCCCCGCGCCCUCCCUGAUGAAACGGCGGCGGCGGCGGCGGCUGCGGCAUAGAGCCCCCGGCCCGCGCGGGCCAUGUACCGCAAGUACGUGCAGGAGCUGAGUGCCUCCAGCGCCUCCCCGGACCCUGACUUCCCCGACAACCACCUCAUUGUGGGCGAGGCACACCUCAAGGCGGCCAGGGCCGGCGCCGCCCACCUGGACCACCAGCCCGCCGAGGCCUCCACCCCCGCCAUGGCCGCCUCUCCCUCCUCGGCGGGCCUGUCAGACACCCGCACCGCCCACACCACCGCCAGCAACCUGCCGCCGACCCCGCCCCAGGAUGACGACCACAGCGACCACGACUCCCGCAGUGGCAACAGCAGCAGGCGCAGCAGUAGUAGUAGUAGCAGCAGCGUCAGCAGCAGCAGCAACGGCAGCGUCAGCAGCGUCCCGCUCUCUGUGAGGUCUGAUGGCGCCCUCGCCUCCGUGGGCCGCGCCGCGGGCAGCGACGUCCUCUCCGCGGGGAACGACGUCCACUCCUCGGGCGGCGUGUGUCGCGGGCGGCGUCGGCUGCGGAACGCGCGCCGCCACUCCGAGCUGCUGCGGCUGCAGAACAUCCUGUCGUGCAGUAACACGCCGGAGUUUCGCCGUCGCCCCGCUUCGCUGGCUCUGCCGCGCCCCGCCUCGCACGACUCCCCGCCGCGCUUGCUGGAAGACGACGCGUUCUCGUCCUUCUCGCAGGAUGAGGUCAUCGUGGUGCGCCCCGUCGCCGAGGCCUCCCGCGCCAGGUCGCCGCUGUACCCCGCCCCACGCGGCGACCUGCUGCACCCCAACCACCGGGGCGGCUCGGCCCCCAGGCGCGGCCUCAUCAGGGUGCUGUCGGCCCCGGGGGAGGCGUGCGGUAAGGAGUUCGAGGCGCAGCGGCUGGAGGGCGAGGCGUCCUCCUCCUCGAGGCUGUCCAACAGCAGCUGGGGCAGGGACGGCGACCCAUGGAUCACCCGUGCCCCCACGCCACGCCCGCCUUCGCCCUCGCAGGCUUCUCGGCGACACUCAGCCGGUCCCAGCCUAUACUCCAUGCUGUGCUGCCGCGCCUUCAGCAGCGGCAGGUGACGGCACAUACGGCGGCAUCUGGGGCGGUUACUGCACUCCUGACGCCAACGAGAGCCUAGACUGUACGGGCAACUCUACACCAGCAAUCUUCGGUCGGUACCCUCAGACGCCACAUGCAUGGGACAAGACUAUGAGUACUAUAUCAAGGAAGAAAAGAAAGGAGAGCAAGAAAGAAAGGAGAUCAGUCGGGGCCUCAUGAGUGUUUUUUUAGGUUCCUGGUACAGAGGAGUGGUCAACUAACUACCAGGGUCAUAAAACUACCCCUGGAAGUAUACGAAACUCCUACGAAAGCCUUGGCAAAUGUGUGUGUGUGUGCUUGUGUGCCGAAAUAUUUAAGAAUACGAGCAGUGUGUUGGUCAUCCGCCUAGAGGAGCGGGCGCCGACAAGACUAUGAAUAUAUCAGGGAAGAAAAGAAAGGAAAGCAAUGAAGAAAGGAAACAGAACAACAAUGAAUGAUAAGUGAAAAGAAUGAGUGAGAAUGACAAGGAAGGAAGGGACGGAGGAAUGGAAAAUGGUGCUUGGGUAUUAUGGAAAAAGAAACAUCCACAAAAAAUAAACUAGGAAAAAGUGAAAGAGAAUAAAACAACACUGGUGAAAGAACGAACAGAGCUAUUGACAAGGGAAACAUAGUAAUAUAACGUGAAUAAAGUCCUUCACUCAUCCCUCACGCACCUCACCCACACAAAUACACACAUAUACCAAAGCCUCAUAUGACCAAACGAGACUCUCUAAAGGAAGUGUAGGGAUCUUGAGUGAUUGCUGGGUCUUCAAUGCAUGUGGAGGAGACACUUACCUUACCUAACCUAUCCUAACUUAAUGUGACUUGACCUAUGCAAGAGUGAGCGCCAUAUACCCUUAGAGAGAAGAAAAAUACGCUGCUGGAACUUGUGUGAUGAUGGCUGGGUCCUUAGUGUAUUUGAAGGGUGACUUGAACCUUAUCCCUCGAGGCCUCGGAGCCAGAAAAGACACAUACUCAGUGGAGAUUUAGUGCCAAGUGUUAGUUCCGAAGGAGUUAUAGAGAGAUAGAUAGAUAGAUAAAUAGAGAGAGAGUUAAAAAAAAAGAUAUGCAGUAAAGAUCAAGUGCCAAGAAGUGUAAAUAAUGUGUAUAUAGUACUGUGUGUGUGUGUGUGUGUGUGUGUGUGUGUGUGUUUGAGGGUUAGAGAGAGAGAGAGAGAGAGAGAGAGAGAGAGAGAGAGAGAGAGAGAGAGAGAGAGAGAGAGAGAGAGAGAGAGAGAGAGAGAGAGAAUUACCACACCCCUUCCUAUAGGAUUCUUCAAUAUAUUCCUUUAUGCUUCUUUACGUCAAUCUUUUUGUAUUAAGAUAUUUUAUUAAUUCAUGAUAAUCUCUUGACAAAUACUUAUAUACCGUACAUGUGUGUGUGUGUGUGCGUGUGUGUGUGUGUGUGUGUGUGUGUGUGUGUGUGUGUGUGUGUGUGUGUGUGUGUGUGUGUGUGUGUGUGUGUGUGUGUGUGUGUGUGUGUGUGUAAAUCCCCCCCAAAAAACGCCUACACCUUGCACCAUCAUUCAGUGACAGAGCAACCGAGUAUGCUCCAUAAUCUACGUCUAUUGAGCAUCUAUCUUGUGGCGUAAUAUUAUGAGCUGUAUUGUAAGCUUGCCCAUAUGUAUUAUUUCCAAGACCCUCUGUACUGUAAGACUCUCUCAAGAUACCCAGUCUGUAACCCUUAUCUUCUGCGAUCUAUAAUGUACUGCAGUUUAACCCGGUAGCUGCGAGGACUAUGCUUCUUAAUUAAAGGUCCCUCUAAGCAAGAAAAUGAGAAACAAUCAUCACUCACGCAAGCCAUUUCAUAAUAUGUAUCAACGUAUUUGUGAGCAGUUUAUGCAUCAUCUAUUUUUGGGUGGUCUUUAUCAUGGCACAAAUUUGGUCCGUCGCUGGUACACGGUAAAGGCACAAAUUUGGUCCGUCGCUGGUACACGGUAAAUGCACAAAUUUGGUCCGUCGCUGGUACACGGUAAAGCCACAAAUUUGGUCCGUCGCUGGUACACGGUAAAGCCACAAAUUUGGUCCGUCGCUGGUACACGGUAAAGGCACAAAUUUGGUCCGUCGCUGCUAACGGGUUAAUGUGAGUUUUCCAAUAUUCUGUACUAAUACCUACCUUCCUACUCUUUAUAUUUGUAUGUGUGUGUGUGUGUGUGUGUGUGUGUGUGUGUGUGUGUGUGUGUGUGUGUGUGUGUGUGUGUGUGUGUGUGUGUUUAUAUAUAUAAUGUUUGUUUGCAUGUAUAUAUAUGUAUGUAUGUAUGUAUGACUUAUAGUU